AUGGGCUCCGUAGACCAGUGGGUUAACGACGAACUGUACAACAUCUUAGGAAUCAGUGAUCGGACUAUAGGACAGUUUAUAAUUGCAUUGGCACGAAAAUCGACUGAUGCCGAAGAUCUGUUGAGAAGGUUUCGGGAAACUGAUGCACUGGAUAUUAAUCCAAGAGUUCAGAAAUUUGCUGGGGAAAUCAUGACUCGUUUACCUCAUGCAGUUCCAAAACCGAUGAAAGUUCCGGGCGCUACAGUUGCGGAGACUAAAGCUCGAGAAGCGAUGCGGUUAAACAGGCGUCUGAAACAGUUGUCUUCUGAUGAAGAGGAUGACGCGCCGGUUGUAAAGAAAAAGGAGCUGAGCAGAAAUAAACGAAUUGGAAGUGGCUUGAUUUUUCAGAAACAUGGACGUAAGAAACUAAGUGCAAUUGAUGAAAUGGAUUUGAUAAAUGCGGAUGAAGAACAAGACAUAAGGGAAAGAGAUGAGUUGGCUGCUAGGAUCCGUCAAAGGGAUAAAGAAAAGACAAGGAAUAUAGUAGAAAGAAGCGAUAAGAAAGCUGCUGAAGAGGCUGCUAAAAGGUUAAAGCUAGAAGAUGUUGACAGAAGUAAAAUUAUACCGGAGCUGCGACAACAGAGUCGGAAAGAAUACCUGAAGAAACGAAAAGCAGACAAACUUUUGGAGCUAGAAGCAAUGAUUGAAGACGACAAAACUCUUUUUGCAAAUGAAAGGCAAUUAACUGCUCGAGAAGUUGCCGAUAUGAAGUACCGUGAAAAGGUUUUUCAUUACGCAAAGCAGCAUGAACAAGCGGUUGAUAUAAUUAAAGUUAAGCGUUAUCAUGUCCCAGAUGCUAAGGUGAAAUCUAUUCCUACUGAAUAUAUUGAGGAAGAUGUUGAAGAAGUAUCGAAAGGAGAUGGAAGACGUUGGGAAGACGAACGCCUAGCAGCUGCUUUAGCAAGUUAUGGAGCAAAGGAUGCUGAGAAAAAAAAAGAUGAGUUUGAAAUGUUGUUUGACGAUGAAAAAAUCGAUUUUGUACAAGCUCUGCAAAUGCCAGGAUCUUCUGGAAUGCAGGUAUUAAGAUUUCCUGAUGAGAAAGAAUUGACCCCAGCUCAGAAAAAAAAGCUAAGUCUAGCUGAAACGAGACGUUCUUUACCUGUGUACGCUUUUAGAGAUCAAUUUAUUCAAGCAGUUAAAGAUCAUCGAGUUUUGAUUAUAGAAGGAGAAACUGGUUCAGGCAAAACAACACAACUACCGCAGUAUCUAUACGAAGCAGGGUUUUGUGCGGAUAAAAAAUGCAUAGGAUGCACCCAGCCUCGUCGAGUGGCUGCAAUGAGUGUAGCUGCAAGAGUCGCUGAAGAAGUUGGAGUUAAAUUGGGAAGUGAAGCAAGUUUCGCCAACUGUUUCUUCGUAGGAUAUUCUAUUCGCUUUGAAGACUGCACUUCUGAGCGUACUGUCAUUAAAUAUAUGACAGACGGGAUGUUGCUUAGGGAGUUUUUGAAUGAACCUGAUUUGGCUUCUUACAGUGUGAUGAUGAUUGAUGAAGCACAUGAAAGAACUCUUCACACAGAUGUACUUUUUGGACUUGUUAAAGAUAUUGGUCGAUUUCGGCCAGACCUUAAAUUACUUAUUUCAUCUGCAACUCUUGAUGCAGAAAAGUUCUCGACUUUUUUCGACGAUGCUCCGAUAUUUCGUAUUCCUGGAAGAAGGUUUCCUGUUGAUAUAUAUUACACAAAAGCUCCAGAAGCAAACUAUUUGGAUGCAGCAAUGGUGUCUGUGCUGCAGAUUCACCUCACCCAACCUCUUCCCGGAGACAUUUUAGUUUUUUUAACUGGUCAAGAGGAAAUUGAAACAUUAAUGGAGUCAUUAUUGGAGAGGAUUAAAUAUCUUGGGAAGAAGAUUAAAGAACUUAUAGUCUUACCGAUAUACGCAAACCUCCCUUCGGACUUGCAGGCAAAAGUUUUUGAACCUACCCCACCUAAUGCUAGAAAGGUUGUUCUUGCUACAAAUAUUGCUGAAACUUCUGUUACGAUUGAUGGUAUAUGUUAUGUAAUAGAUCCGGGAUUUUGUAAGCAGAACUCUUUUGAUGCUCGUAGUGGAGUAGAACACUUACAAGUCGUGCCAAUUUCGAAGGCUGGCGCUAAUCAGCGUGCAGGCAGAGCUGGCCGAACCAUGCCGGGAAAAUGUUUCCGGCUUUAUACCGCGUGGGCAUAUAGGCAUGAAUUGGAAGACCAGCCAAUACCCGAGAUCCAGCGUGUAAAUUUAGGAAAUGUGGUUUUGAUGCUCAAAAGUCUUGGCAUUCACGACCUGCUAAAUUUUGAUUUCCUUGACCCUCCACCGCAAGAGACUUUAGUUAUUGCUCUUGAACAGUUGUAUGCAUUAGGCGCGCUAAAUCACAAGGGGGCUUUGACAAAAUUAGGAAGAAGAAUGGCAGAGUUUCCUUGUGAUCCAUGCAUGAGCAAAAUGAUAAUUGCGUCAGAAAAGUACGAGUGCUCUGAAGAAAUACUUACUAUUGCUGCCAUGCUAUCUUGCAACGCUGCAGUUUUUUAUCGUCCUAAAGCUAUGGCGAUUCAUGCAGACGCCGCCAGGAAAGGAUUCUGGUCUCCAGGAGGAGAUCACUUAACACUUCUCAAUGUUUACAAUCGGUGGAAGGACACGAAUUAUUCAUCCCAAUGGUGCAUUGAAAGUUUUGUACAGCAUCGGACAAUGAAAAAAGCCAGAGACAUAAGAGAUCAAUUAGAGGGGCUUCUGGAGAGGGUUGAGAUUGAACAGAAGUCCAAUAACGACUCGGUUGCCAUAAGAAAAGCUGUAACGUCUGGUUAUUUCUAUAACUGUUCAAAACUUGAUUCUAAUGGCCAUUACAAAACUGUGAAACACAAACACACUGUUCAUAUUCAUCCGAACUCGUCUCUGUUUGAGGAUAUGCCGCGUUGGGUUGUGUACUUUGAACUUGUCUUUACCUCAAAGGAGUUUAUGAGAGAGGUUAUUGAAAUUGAAAGCUCAUGGUUGACAGAGAUCGCUCCUCAUUACUACAAAGCAAAAGAGAUAGAAGAUUUUACAAAGCGAAAAAUGCCAAAACAGAUGGGGAAAACUGCACAAGAGUUGCUCUCCGUAUAA